AUGGCGUCGGUGCUGCUGGGAGACCUCGAUGACUUCAUCGCUCCAGGGCAGGCAUGCAUCAAUCCACUCUUCACGACCGCUGCCGAUUCGGCUCCAGCAACAGCAGCAGCAGCUGAAUCGGCGGGCAGCAAGGGCGGAGCUGCGAUGGUGCUGGAAAUAGAAGACGACAGAGGGCCGCUGGAUGCCAUGGCGGUGGAAGAAGUGGUCAAGCCGGACCUGAUACGGGCCUCCAACACUCAGACCGCCAAGGUCUCCUUGGACGACUGCCUCGCGUGCAGCGGCUGCGUGACCUCGGCGGAAACCGUCCUCAUCACCCAGCAGAGCACCGGCAAGCUGAGGGAAGCCGUGGCGUCCGGAAGGUACUCCGUUGUCGUGGCGUCGAUUACGCCUCAGGCCCGAGCCUCCCUGGCGGAGCGGUUCGGCCUAUCCCCCGCCGAGACUCACGCCCGCCUGCUCGCGUUCCUGAGGGAGCGGCACGGCGUCCACCACCUCGUUGACUCUUCUCUAGGGGCCGACUUCUCCCUCCUUGAGGCUGGAGAGGAGUUUGUCCAGCGGUGGCGGAGUAUCAAUAGUGGGCGGUCAGGUCCCGAGGGAGGUCGGGCUAAACUGGGGGCUGCGGUGGGUGAGGGGGCGCCAGCACGGCCGCCGUUGGCUGCCUGGGUCGCGCCCCCGCCUACAGUUGCGCUUUCGUCGACGCGGAGGUUCAACGUCGAGCUGGGAGAGGAGGAAGACAACAGAAUGCAGCAACAGCGGCAGGGGCAAGUUUCCAACUGCGCUAGUGGUGUUGUUUCGGGGAAGAGGGGAAGAGAGGGCGAGGAAGCCGCGCGUAAUUCGAUGGCGGUGGAAGAGGGGGAGUGUGCGAGACGGCCACGAGGGCCGGGGGAGCUUUUGGUGCUGACGUCGGCCUGCCCCGGGUGGGUGUGCUACGCGGAGAAGACGGCGCCUGAGGCGCUCCCUUUUAUGAGCACAGUCAAAUCGCCGCAGCAGAUGAUGGGAGUGCUGGCGAAACGGGUGUUUCCGCGCGCUUGGAACCACCCGCACCCUUCGGUUGCCGCCGCUGCCGCCGUUACGGCAGCAGCAGACGAGGUCUCGCGGGUUCGGGACAGUGCUAGCAACGGCGCGACCCCUGCCGCUUCCACCCUAGCCAACGAGACGCUCGACCAAAGCACGCCACCUCCUGUUCGAUCGCGGGGUGUGUUCCACGUGUCGAUCGCGCAGUGCUACGACAAGAAGUUGGAAGCCUCCCGCAAGGACUUCCGGCACCCAGACUUGGAUGGCGACGCCGAGGUUGACCUUGUCCUCACCACCGCGGAGGUGCUCGAGCUUAUCGAGGAAAGCGCUUCCGCAGCCGACGCCACCUUGACUUCUACGAGCCCUGCGAGCCCGGGCCGUGACGCAGCCAGCGAUUACUUCCGACGUCAUUUCCCCCCCGGGGACCUUGCCGAGCCGCUCGCUCCCGGGUUUCCAGUGGGGCAGGCGGCGGUGAGCGUGGAUGGGUUGUCGCUGUUCGGCGGCGUUGACGGGGAAGGGGCGGCCGGCGGGAACUCUGACGGGUACUUGGAGUAUGUGUUCCGGCACGCGGCGGUCGAGCUGUUUGGAGUGGAUUUGGCGGGUAGACCGCUCGUGUACCGUGAGGGCCGGAACGCCGACUUCAGGGAGACGAGUCUAGAGGUCAAUGGGCAAGUGGCCCUGCGCUUCGCGUACGCCUACGGCUUCCGAAAUAUCCAGUCCAUCCUGGCCAAGGCCAGACGUGGGAAGUGCCCCUACCACUUCGUGGAGGUGAUGGCGUGCCCAUCGGGGUGCGUGAACGGGGGCGGGCAGAUCAAGCCCAAGAAAAAGGAGGGACCGCGCGACACUCGACUGAGAGUGGAAAGGGUGUCGGAAGUCUUGAGGGAGGGACGUGUACCCCGAGGUCCUCGCGACAAUCCCGUGGUCCAAGCGGUGUACUCGGAGCUGGUCGGAGGGGGCCCUGGGGAGAGCAGAGCGAGAGAGCUUCUACACACCUCAUACCAUAACGUCCCGAAGCUGGAGCUCUCCAACCCUCACAUGUCGCCCUGGUGA